ACAAAAAGAAUUAUCAUCAUCAACGAUGAAUGAAAACAAUGAUUCAAAGAAAUCAUUACCAACACCAUUAUCAUCAGCAGCAGCGACAAUUACAUCGCAAUUACCAUUGCCAUUAUCAUCCACAACACAUCCAUUAACACCACAACAACAACAACAAUUAAUCAUGUUGGCCGCACAAAAAGAAAUUCAGGCAUUCUAUUUAGCACAACAACAACAUCAACAAGAAUUACUUUUGAAGACAAAUGGAAUUCUGGAUUCUAAAUCGAAUCCGAUUUCAUCAUCAUCAAUGUUAAUCAAUGGACCAAUAACAAAUCCUAAUUUACAACAAUCAUCAAUGGCAGCAUUUAUGGCACCAUUUGUAAAUUCAAUAUUGGCUAAAAAUAUUCUUAAUAAUCAUAAUCAUCAAAAUAAACUAACAUCAACACCAUCAACAAUGUUGAAAUUAUUACCCGAAUCUUAUGAUAAUCAUCAUCAUUUACUGAGAAAACAAAAUAUAUCAUCAGGAUCAAGAUCAAAAACACCGAUAACAACAAGUCCUUCAACAUCACCAAAUAAUACAAAAGAAUCUAAUUUACAUAAACAAACAAGUACAAACAAAUCAAACAGAAUUAAACAAAUGAAAACUAGUCCAAAACAAAAAUCAACAACAACAACAAAAACAUCGACAAAAACUGGUUUCAGUGUUUUAGAUAUUCUUGGUUCGAAAAUUGAUGAUGAUAAUCAUAAUAAUGAUGAUCAGAAUAAUGAUGGUCAAAAUGAUGAUGAUGAGGACAAAGAUCAACAAUCACGUCCAUCAUCAUCAAUAUCAUUAUUAUCAUCAUCAACAUCCACAUCAUCAUCAUCUAAUUUUAAAAUAACUAAUAAAAAUGAUAAUCAAAAUCCGAAUAAUAAUAAUAAUAAAUCUUCUAAUAAAUUUAACAGUGAUAGCGGAGGCGGCGAUGGUGUUAAUGAAUCUUCGACAACAGCAUCAACAACAACAACAUCAACAUCAACAACAACAAUAUCACCUGGUGAACAACAAUCAAAAAUACAUUUAGUGCAAUCAACAACAACAACAUCAUCCACAUCAUCAUCAUUAUCACCAUUAUCAUCAUCAACAGCGACAAUUAAUACCGAAUCGAAUAAUGGUCCAAAUCAUCAUCAUCCGAAUAAUUUUUCAAAUACAAAUUCAUCAUUUUAUUAUAACUCGAAUCCAAUUGAUCAUGGAUCAUCAUCAUCGACAACAACAAAUAAUAAUAAUAAUAAUCAACAAUAUGCAGCAUAUAGUCGUUAUUUUGCAGCUACUAAUCAUUCAAAUCAAGAAACAAAUAUAUUUCUAAAUCCAUCAGCAUUUGGUCAAUAUUCAUCUGCAUUAGGUUCAGCAUUACCAAAUUAUUUAAAUCAUCAUUCAUUAAUGGAUGGUUCAUCAUUGAUUGGUUUACAUUUAUUAGAUAAUAAUAAUCAUCAAAAUCCUAUUGGUAAUCCGAAUAAUGCAUUUAUUGAAACAGGUCAGGAUACAGAAUUAACAGCAUCAUAUAAAAAUUUAGCUGCAAAUUAUAAUCAUAAUCAUGGAAAAUUUACCAUUAAUAAUAAUCAUCGUCAAUCAACUGGAUCAUCAUCAUUAUUUUCACCAACCAAUACAAAUCGAACAAGUAAUAAUCAAAGUCCAUAUAAUUCGGAUGAAAAUUUAAGUGUUACUGAUAGUAAUGAUGAUAUGAUUGAUGAUGAUGAUGUUGGUAGUGAUCUAAUAAGGAAUGGUGAUUCAUCAAAUAAAUCAUCUGAUUAUCAUCAUCAUCAUCAUCAUGGCCAAAUGGACAUGGUUGGAAAUGUUACACAAAAAAAACGUAAACGACGUGUAUUAUUUAGUAAAGCACAAACAUUUGAAUUAGAAAGAAGAUUUCGACAACAACGUUAUCUUUCCGCUCCGGAACGUGAACAUUUAGCCAAUAUUAUUCGAUUAACACCUACGCAGGUAAAAAUUUGGUUUCAGAAUCAUCGUUAUAAAACAAAACGUGCAACACAGGAAAAAACAAUGGAACAUUCACAACCACCAUCACAUUUAUCAUCACAUCAUAUUGGUGGAACGUCAUCAUCAUCAUCAUCAAAACGUAUAUCACUUUCAGGAUUAAUUCGUGCUGGACAAGCUGAAUCUAAAUCAAUAAUGGCUACGGGUGGUGGUGCUGGUGGUGAUCAUCAUUCUCAUCAUCAGCAUCAUCAUCAUGGUUCUGGAACGCCAGCAACAUCAAAUCAUCAUCAUCAUCAUCAUCAACAAUUAAUGUCACAACAUGCAGCAGCAGCUGCAGCAUGGGGAUCAGCAAGUUUAUUCUGGAAUAAUUAA